AACUACAUCUCCAAAAAAAACAGAGUCACUCCUACUCUUCUUAACUAAGAAUGUCUGGUGUUUGGGUGUUCAAAAACGGCGUCGUUAGGCUCGACCCGGGAGCGGAGGGAAGGAAAGUGCUUGUCCAUACACCUACAAACGAAGUGAUAACAUCUUAUGCUGAAUUGGAGAGUAAGCUAACUCCGCUUGGGUGGGAGAGGUACUAUGAUGACAUGGACCUUCUUCAGUUCCACAAGAGAUCCACCGUCCAUCUCAUCUCCCUCCCUAAAGAUUUCUCCAAGUUCAAGUCCAUGCAUAUGUACGAUAUUGUUGUCAAGAACCGCAAUAUUUUCGAAGUUAGGGACAUGUGAGCUUGUUGUUGUCUUAGUGUCCUGUUUGUGUGUCUGUUUUAAGGUUUUCGAGUGCUGACAUUGUUGUUUAUGGUUUAUGGUUUAUGGUUUGUGGGUUCUUAACUUCUUAUAUAUGGGGUUAGUACUUCCAAGUAAAUGUGGUGAAGGGCUUGCUUUAAUUUGUGUUGGUAAAUGUCCUGUAAAUUGUAAUAGUGAUCAUUGGUCAUGCAAUGGCAAUUCUCUUUCUUAAA